AUGAUAAUGAAUUUAAUUGAGAAUGGCUUAAAUAUUAGAAACACAAAAAGCCGUAAAGAAAAUGAAGAAACUCAAUUUUUAUUAAAUAAAAAUUCUGAAACUGUCAAUAAAGAAGAAAAUAAUAAAAAAUAUUUACCUAAAAAGUUUGUAGUUUUUCAAUUAAAAAAAUUAAAAAUUAUAUUGAGGAAAAAUAAAUUUCGAUGGCAAUUGGCUUUGAUUGGGGUUAUUUUAUUUUGCUUUUUAAUUACUUUUUUGUUAAUGAUGGAAGAACUGGAUAAAUUAGUUGAUUCUGGAAAAAAAUUUUUAAAGCUAAAAAAAGAUUGUUCUGUUUGUAAAAAUGUUGAUAUUAUUGGCGAUAAAAAAUAUAUUAAAUUUGAAUAUAGUAAAGAUUCUCGAGGAUGUGUUCAAUUAAAUAUUCAAUGUGGGCUUCCUAAAGGAUCUGAAGCUAUAUUACAAUGGUAUAAUGGUGAACAAAAUAUGGGUGUUUCAUUUAUGGAAUAUAAAGGACAAUCAAAUAUUCGUAGAAUGCUUAACUGCAACAAUGAUGGAUUUUAUGAAUUAGAAGAGAAUAAACAUAAAUGUACUGUAGUAAUAUAUUUUUAA